UGAGUCUGGUGAGAAGCAGAUCAGUCGCAAAGUCUGUAACAUGAAAUUUAUUCUUCUUGCCGUGUUUGCCUGCGUGGCUGCUGCCGCCCCUCAGGGAUAUGAAGCCCCUGCACGUUCUCGCUCUGACUCCGACGAAGUGCCCAUCCUGAGGGACGACCGCGUGAUCGAUGACGACGGAAAGUACAACUUCGACGUGGAGACAGGAGACGGCAUCGUGGUGUCAGAGUCUGGAGCUCCCAGCGCCGAUGGAGGCAUCAACAGCGCCGGUUCUUACUCAUACACCGCUCCUGACGGCACUCCCGUGCACGUGGAGUUCGUGGCUGACGAGAACGGCUUCCAGCCCCAGGGCGACCACCUGCCCGUGGCUCCCGAGUUCCCCCACCCGAUCCCCGACUUCGUCCUCGACCAGAUCGCCUUCGCCGCCGAGGAGGACGCCCGCAGGGCCAAGGAACCCUCCAACAGAUACGCUGCUCCUUAAUCAAAUGUAUUACAGAAUGUGUAAAUAUGUUAUGAUGUUCCGUUGUUGAAGAUUUGCAUGGUCUUUCUAUUUAAUCAUUGAUGAAAAUAAAUAA